GGCCUCUGUAUAUUCCGCUUCGAUGGUUCUGUUCUUUUGUCAUAAACUUAUAAUCGUCAACGAUCUCAUCGAUCGGCGCUUACAAUGCUAUCUUCGAUUCCAAUGGCGGAAGAGGCUGAUACGGUUUCUUCUCUCUUGGAUGAAGGGAAAGAGGGAAAACCCUUAGUUGUGAUCCUCGUCGGUGCUCCUGGAAGUGGGAAAACAACCUUCUGCAACGAUGUCAUUAGGGCCGCUCGACGGACCUGGACUCGUAUUUGUCAGGACACCAUAGCAAAUGGAAAAGCUGGAACUAAAGCUCAGUGUUUACAGAGUGCAGCCAAUGCAUUACAGGAAGGUAAGAAUGUCUUAAUUGAUAGAUGCAAUUUGGAGCUUGAGCAGCGGUCCGAGUUUGUGAAGCUCGGUGGAGCACGAGCUGACGUGCACGCAGUGGUUCUUGAUUUGCCUGCUCGGGUUUGUAUAUCUCGGUCAGUGCAGCGAACUGGGCAUGAAGGGAACUUGCAAGGGGGAAAAGCUGCGGCUGUUGUCAACCGGAUGCUACAGAAGAAGGUGCUACCGAAUUUGAAUGAGGGAUUCUCUCGGAUUACAUUUUGUCAGAAUGAUGAUGAUGUUAAAACUGCUGUGAAUACAUAUAGUUUUUUGGGAUUAUUUGAUAGUUUGCCACCUGGUAUUAUUGGUCAAAAGAGUGGGGAUGCUAAAGUUCAACAAGGGAUUAUGAAAUUUUUUAAGAAAGUUGACACUGAUGGAAAUUGUUCUCAGAAUUCUGCUCCUAAGCAUGAAAACAAUGAAAAUAACCCCCGUCCUAUGGGAAUUGAAAAGGGAAGUGAGGUUGGAAAAGAUGAACAAAAGAAUGAUAUGUUGCUAAAUCCCUCAGUAAGUGAUUUCCAAUGGAAUGAUGCUCCCACUCUAGCUUUUCCAUCCAUUUCAACGUCAGAUUUUCAGUUUAAUAUGGAUAAAGCAUCUGAUGUGAUAGUAGAGGCUGUUGCUGAUUUUUUUAGUAAGGUUGACAAGGUCAAACUUAUUCUGGUGGAUCUAAGUUCUAAAUCAAAGAUGCUAUCUCUGGUUAAGGUCAAAGCAUCAGAGAAAAAUGUUGAUACCACCAGAUUUUCAACAUAUGCAGGAGAUAUAACUCGGCUUUAUACAGGAGGAGGACUGCAUUGUAAUGUGAUAGCCAAUGCUUCUAACUGGCGGCUGAAACCUGGAGGAGGAGGAGUUAAUGCAGCCAUUUUUAGCGCUGGAGGUGAGGCCUUAGAAAUUGCCACCAAGGAACAGGCUGACACUAUUAGCCCUGGAAGUUCCAUUAUUGUUCCUGUUCCUAGAACAUCUCCCCUUAACCAAAGAGAAGGUGUGACUUAUGUCAUACAUGUCUUGGGACCAAAUAUGAAUCCUCAAAGACCAAACUGCCUUAAAGAUGACUAUGUCAAAGGUUGUAAGGUUCUUUAUGAGGCAUACUCAUCACUUUUUAAUAACUUUGCGUCUAUUGCACUUAGCCAAAAUUAUCAAAAAGAAUAUAGCGGAGAUUCAAAGUCUGAACCAACCAAAUCAGUUUGCAAAUCUUUUGAGGCAGUAGUUGAAUGUCAGCGUUCAUCCAGCGAGCAGAAGAGCAAGCGAGAAGUUAGCUAUGGUUCUGAUUGCAAUAAAAAAUCGAAAUACAAUGGUGACUCUGGAGGCUUACCUGGUAUGCUGGAGAAAGAGGAGCAAAAGAGCGAGAGAAGUGAUCAUUCUGCAAAGAGUUCUUGGGGCUCAUGGGCUCAUGCUCUUCAUCAGAUUGCAAUGCAUCCUGAGAAGCAUAAUCUUGAUGUUGUCGAGAUAUCAGAUGAUUUUGUUGUUUUAAAUGACCUUUAUCCCAAGGCAAAGAAGCACAUUCUGGUUACAUCAAGGCUUCCUGGUCUUGAUUGCCUUGCAGAUAUCCGGAGAGAACAUCUGCCAAUGUUGCAGAAAAUGCAUGCUGCUGGGCUUAAAUGGGCUGAGCAGUUCAGUAGUCAUGACCCAUCUCUAGUAUUUAGACUUGGUUAUCAUUCGGUUCCUUCAAUGCGGCAACUGCACCUUCAUGUUAUCAGCCAGGAUUUUGACUCAACACAUCUGAGAAAGAAAAAGCAUUGGAACUCAUUCAAUACUCCAUUCUUUCGUGAUUCUAUUGAUGUCCAGGAAGAGAUCAAAAUGAAUGGAUUGGCGACCAUAAAAGAUGAGAAAUUAUUGUCCUCAGAACUGCGUUGCCAUCACUGUAAGAGUGCUCAUCCAAAUCUACCGAGGCUUAAAUCUCACAUUGCUACUUGCAAAGCUCCCUUUCCUUCUCAUCUUCAAAAUGGCCAACUGAUAUUCGCUUUAUCAGGAUCUUCUGAUGCUGUAAGUGCCAUUUAAGGUUUCGU